AUGUCUUCUCAAUCUCACUCCCAAUCUCAAUCUCAAGGCGGGCGUCCUCAGCCCUACGCCUUAUCAACUCCAAGGGGUAACCCGGCUGUACGCAACACGGCCAACCGCGCGUCGUUGCGUUCCAUUCGAGGUUUGGGGGGCAACUCACCGAUGGGAGGUCCUGAGGAAGGUCCAAAGGGGGACACGCCCAACGCCAAUCUCUCGAACGAAGAGAUAUUGGCCGCGAUUGCAAGAUUGUCCACCAAGUUUGACCAAGAAUUCUUAGUAAUGUCUGACCAAGUGCAUCAAGAGAUCAACACCAUGACGGACAAGAUCGACGAAGAUAUUGCGACUCUUUCUAACAAGUUCGAUGAAGACAUCGCCGCAGUCUCAGCCAAGGCUGGCGAGCAGUUUUCGACUCUGUCGAACAAAAUCGACCGAGUCACCGAUGGUGUGGACGAGCUAGCGUCCACAGCCACCCCUGGCGGUGCUCAUCAGGCUGGAAACCCACAGGCAAACACUGCAGUGGUUGCAACCCCUGCCAAACCGUGGAGCUACACAUAUGAGCUGAAGCAACGUGUGUAUGCUUUUGCAUACGAAUCGGUUCAUCUCCCCAACAUUUCUGGGUAUACCGCCGUGGAAGACCCCAACGGUGACUUGUUAGUCAAUUCGCUCUUCAACACGAUCAAGCAAAGGGUUAAAGACAUACCCGGAACGUGGGCCGCUGAACAGCUCCCUCCGGUUGUUAAUGGACUCCAAGAUGUGGCUGCGACUCAAAAGUACACGACUUUGGUGAAAGACGCCGGGAAACACGCCCGUGAAAAGCUACACCUCUUAGUGUUACACAACAUAAAAAACAACCCAACCGGGACCGUGCCUAAUCUCAAACGCCUCUUGCAUCGAAUCGCACGCCACUGUGGAAAAACUGCGGAAGGUCUAGACGAUGUGGCCUAUUGGGCCCAAACGCCCACGGCGACUCGUCUGCGUAUUGCCUAUCUGCGACGCGAGGCAAUUCGGAUUUUUCAAUCGCUGCGCGCUGGAGGUGGCGGAGGGAACAUCUGGCAUCGAGUGGAUUUACAGCUCCACAGAUUGGCUGAGGAGGGUACCUUAUAUUCUUCCGCGUUUUAUAAAUUAAUUUACGACCAAGAUCGUGCCCUUUUUGAUGGCAAGGGUUUUUUUGUCGACAUCGACCUCAAUGAGCCAUUUGAUUUGCCGUCGGAACAAGAGAUAGAAGAAGAAAUGGCAUUCAUAGAAGCGGCUGGGUCUAUUGUUUUACAAGAUUGA